UUUCACAUGUUUGUAAAACUUAAAAUUAUGAAAUAUUGGAGCUUUGACAAUAACAUUAAUUUCAAAUAGAAGGCUAGGUUUAAUUUUAACCCAGACCCGGUUAGCCCUGUAUAUUAUGCAAACAAUUCAAGAAAUCUUCAUGAAGAAUGUGAAGUACGUACCUUAUCUAUUAAAUAUAAGCCCAUAGCACGGGCGCAUUCGAUAAGUGCAUUAUUAAUCAGCAAAAUGAUUAUAUUGCACUUAUUAUUUUGUUUUUCUUUACUGCAGAGUGGUUUAGCAAAAUGUGUUGUAGAUGAUAAUCAUAGUUUGUACAAUGAACAUAAGAUGUAUCAUAUUGAAGGGAAGAAAGAAGGAAUGGAUAAAUUCAUGAAUUUUCUUCUGAAGAAUCAUGAGAUACCAUACCAUUCAAAAACAGAAAAAGGGUGCCAUAUGCUCGUGGCUCCACACUUAGUGCCUAUUGUGGAAGAUUUCGCAAAGAACGAAGGAUUAUCCACAAAAGUUGUCAUCAAUGAUUAUUCUGAAUUAAUACGCUUGGAAAAAAACAACGAACGACGGAAAGAUGGUUUCUCCUGGACAGCUUAUUAUGAUGUUGACGAUAUACACAAGUACCUACAAAACAUGAGUAGCCAGCACUCGGAGAUGGCACAGGUGGUGGUCGGUGGACAGAGCUAUGAAGGCCGACAGAUUCUCGGUCUAAGGAUAAACACCCCAUCCGAUGUCGAUAAACCUAUCAUGUUUAUUGAAUCUGGAAUUCACGCAAGAGAAUGGAUAACCCCUGCUACCACUACAUACUUCAUUAAUGAGUUAUUAACCAGUACUGAUCCAGAAAUCGUAUCUUUGAGAAACCAGUUUGACUGGCAUAUCUUCCCUACGGUUAAUCCUGAUGGCUACCACUACACUUUUACUAGAGACAGAUUAUGGAGAAAAACACGCUCAAGGUCUCCUAAUGGCUGCUAUGGAGCAGAUCCAAAUCGCAAUUGGGACUACAAUUGGUUGAAUUACAGUUCAUCAGACAAUCCCUGCGAUUAUCAGGUCUACGCGGGCUCCAAACCAUUCUCAGAGAUAGAGACAAGAACACUGUCAGAGUACAUAUCAGGUCUAGAGAAUAUGUUGGGAUAUAUCUCGUUCCACUCGGAUGCUCAGACCCUGCUGCUCCCGUAUUCUGACUCUGUUGAACAUGUUGAUAAUUAUGAUGACUUGAAACAAAUUGGUGAGACAUCACUAAAAUACGGUUAUGCAGUGAAUCAAGCUAAAUACGAUGGACCAGGGACUGCAGCAGAAAUCUUAUACAAAGCCUCAGGCGGCAGCGUGGACUGGGUGCGCAACACCCAGGGCACUCCCCUAGUAUACGUAUACGAGCUCCGAGGACGGUACUUCCACUGGCCUGCCAGAAGGAUCCAUGAGCAAGGAGACGAGGUCACCCAGAUGAUGGUCGGCCUUGUCUAUGAGGCGAAGAAUUUGGGAUAUUUUUAGUUUACUUUUGAAUUGUCAUGAAUGUUUCUCUAAAUUAGCGCCCAAGAUAUAGGCUCAGCCUAGUUUGAGGCAAUCAUGUAAUAUUUUGGAAAUAAAAAUUCUUCUUCUAUUCUA